AUGCGCUCUCUGAACAUCACCCCGGAGCAAUUCGCGCAGCUGCUGCGCGACAACAACGUGACCCGCGAGCAGUUCAUCGCGCUCUACGGGCUGCAGCCACUGGUCUACAUCCCGGAGCUGCCGCGGCGCGCCAAGCUGGCCUUCGUGCUGACGUGCGUGCUCAUCUUCGCCCUGGCGCUGUUCGGCAACGGCCUGGUGCUCUACGUGGUCAGCCGCCGCAAAGCCAUGCGCACCGUCACCAACAUCUUCAUCUGCUCGCUGGCCCUCAGCGACCUGCUCAUCGCUUUCUUCUGCGUCCCCUUCACCAUGCUGCAGAACAUCUCCAGCAACUGGCUGGGGGGUGCUUUUGCUUGCAAGAUGGUGCCUUUUGUUCAAUCCACUGCAAUAGUUACUGAGAUUCUUACAAUGACCUGCAUUGCGGUAGAAAGGCAUAAUGGGAUCGUCCACCCUCUUAAGAUGAAAUGGCAGUACACUAACCGAAGAGCAUACACAAUGCUUGGCAUAGUCUGGCUGUUGGCAGCUAUUGUUGGGUCACCCAUGUGGCACGUACAGCGUCUGGAGAAUAAAUAUGACUUCCUCUACGAAAAAGUGUACGUUUGCUGCCUGGAAGAAUGGGCCAGUCCUGUCCACCAGAAGAUAUAUGCUACUUUCAUUUUGGUCAUUCUCUUCCUGCUCCCAAUGAUACUGAUGCUCUUCCUCUACAGCAAGAUUGCUUAUGAGCUCUGGAUUAAGAAAAGAGUUGGAGAUGCUUCUGUUCUGCAAACUAUUCAUGGGAAUGAGAUGUCCAAAAUAGCAAGGAAGAAGAAGCGAGCAAUCAUUAUGAUGGUAACUGUUGUGGUUUUAUUCACCAUCUGCUGGGCUCCUUUUCAUGUAAUGCACAUGAUGAUAGAAUACAGUAAUUUUGAAAGGGAGUAUGAUGAUGUCACCAUUAAGAUGAUCUUCGGCAUAGUUCAGAUCAUUGGAUUUUCCAAUUCCAUUUGCAACCCCAUUGUGUAUGCCUUUAUGAAUGAGAACUUCAAGAAAAACUUCCUUGCUGCCCUUUGCUUUUGCAUUAUAAAGGAAAACCUGUCUCCAUCCAGGCAACUAGGAAACUUAGGGAUUACAAUGAAGCAGCAGAAGGAUGAAGGCUGCCGGAGGCAACCCAACCCCUUGGGGGAGAACAGAAGAGAAGCAUUCAGCGAAGGGAACAUUGAAGUAAAACUCUGUGAUCAGUCCUUUGCCAAAAGGAAUUCCAGAAGGCCCCUUGUUUUGUUUACCUCUGAACUCAAUGGGCAUGCUUCACUGGGACACUAG